AAUAAAUCACAUGACAUAACUUUUUUUUUUAAUGGUGUAGAAGAAAGACAGCAGAUUCCUUACACACCAGUCUCAGAGACAAAGGAAAAAAGGAAAGGUUAGCAGUAUGAAAACCAUGAGCAUCACAAUCUUGUUUUGGCUGCUCUCCAUGCUAUUAUUAUCAGACAAAAGCCAGACUUCUAAAACAGAAGUCAAAUGUAAUUCUACUGCAAAGAAUUAUUCUUUGAUUCCAGCAAAUAUCAGUAAAAAUGUUACUAUACUUGACCUCAGUUAUAAUCAGAUUACUCUAAAUAUCACAGACACAAGAGUUCUACAGACAUAUUUUUUACUCAGUGAGCUCUAUUUGAUUGAGAACAAAGUCACUAACCUAUUUAAUAAUAGUUUCAGUAAUCUGUCCAAUCUAGAAAUUUUAAAUAUCUGUAGAAAUUCCAUCCACACAAUUCAACAGGGUGCCUUUACAGGAUUACAUAAACUGAAAAAGUUAUAUCUCUGCCAAAACAAAAUAGUUCAACUGAAUCCUGAUACAUUUUUGCCUCUUAAAAACCUGAUACUAUUGAAUUUGCAUGGCAAUUUGAUAAGCUAUUUUGAUGUACCACAACUGUUUCAUCUGGAAUUCAUAAUUUUGUAUGGAAACCCAUGGAACUGUUCCUGUAGUCUACUGAAUUUGCAAAACUGGUUGAAGACAUCGAAUGUGACACUAGAAAAUGAGAGCAUCACCAUGUGUAGCUAUCCAGAUAUCCUGAAGUGCUACAAUAUCAAAACAGUACCUUACAAGGCUGAAUGCUAUUCAAAAUUUCCUUCAUCUAUAACUGAAGACCUUCACAUUCCUUUUCAGUCCAUUAGCAAUUCAACAUUUAAUAACUCUUUGAACAACUUGACAAGAAAUUCAGAACAUGAAUCUCAUGGAAAAAGCUGGGCUUUUCUUGUCGGUGUUGUCGUCACUGUAGCGAUGACUUCACUACUCAUUUCAAUUGCUAUCAAAUGUCCAGUAUGGUAUGACUUUCUGCUUAGUUACAAUCAUCAUCGUCUGGAAGAGCAUGAAGCAGAAACCUAUGAAGAUAGUUUUACUGGAAAUCCAAGUUCUCCUUCACAGAUAGCAGACACAAACUCUGAAGAAACUACAGUAAUAUUUGAUCAACUACAUUCAUUUGUGGUAGAUGAUGAUGGGUUUAUUGAAGACAAAUAUAUAGAUACUCACGAAUUACGUGAAGAAAAUUAA